CUCACGGAGAAGAGCAAGUGGUCUGAGUGGUUUAGCAUGGCCGCAGUGCUCAGGAGUGCCGAAGUUCAACUAAUACUUAGAACUUGAGUGUAAAUGCAGUAAGCGGCUGGAUAUAUAGUUAAUAGUAGGCUGUUACCAUUUAAAGGAGCUCUGAUAGCUCCUCCAGUAUUUUCCCUAUGAGUCGAGUCUGGAUUUACCUGUUCUCUGCGCUAUGUGCGCUUGUCUUGCCAGGUGUACAUCAGGUGGAGGGAAUUGAGGUGCUUACGUCCUCAGAGUUGGAGGCAGUUAAUGGGACAGAUGUACGGCUCAAAUGUACAUUUAAAUCUACCCAUCCGCUCUCUGAAGAAAGUGUCUCUGUAUCCUGGAGCUUCCGACCACUCGGAAAGACGUCUGAAGAAUCGAUUUUUCUUUACCACGGACAUGCAUAUCCCCCGCAAGAUGGCAAAUUUAAGGAUCAUGCUGUAUGGUCUGGUAAUGUAAUGAAGGGUGACGCAUCCAUCACGCUGCAGAAUGUGCAGUCCAGCUUUAAUGGUACCUACAGCUGCCAAGUCCGAAAUACGCCCGACUUCCAGGGCUUUGCAGGCGAGAUCAGCCUCAGAGUUGUUCAAAAAGUUUCAUUCUCUGAAAUUGGAAUACUGGCAAUAGCUGUGGGUGGAUCCAUUGGUGUCGUUCUCCUGAUCCUCAUCAUUUAUAUUGUUGUGCGGGUGUUCCGGAGACGGGACGAUGACAUGGAUGUUGAGAUGGAGGACCACAAAUCAAAGGAUCAGGUGCUGUGAGAGAGGAUGCCUGACUCGGGGUUUUAGUGCGUCUGUGCUAUUAGUUUUCUGUCUGGACUAACCCAUUUUAACUACUAGUGAUACAUAACAUAUUUUGCCACAGGAUUUUCUAAUUAUAUGAAAUAACUCUAGAUAGUAUCUAGAUGGCAAAUUGAUCUGUAGAAGCUUACUUUCUUCUACUGAUAAUUGUACCAAGAUAUGUUUUUAUCAUAACCUAUUUUUUUUAUUUUUGACUUUUUAUCUAUGAAAGCUUAAGGUGAGGUAAAUUUUUAUACAUGAAGUGAGAUCAUCUAUCCUUUGUAUUCUUAAAGGGGUCAUAUGACGUUGCUAAAAAGAACAUUAUUUUGU